AGCCGAGCAUGCGCAGUAGCCCGGCCCAGCCCGGCCGCUCUCGCCGCUGGGGGAGGGUCAUCCGAGCCUGACGUCCGCGACGCCGUCGUCAGCGCCCCGGGAAGAGGAGGGCGAAGACUCCAUCCGCCAUGUUGGAUGCCGCAGAUUCGCCAUAACCGCGCCGGCUCUUUUCUUAAAAAAAUAAAAAUAAAAAGCGAAGCAUCAGCGGAGCGCCCCGCCUUCUCGGUCGGCGCGGGAGGGGGCCCGGAAGAGCCCGAGGCUUUUUUUUCCUCCGCGGUGGGGGCGUUGCCAUGGAGACGCGGGCGGCAGUGAAAAACUGAAUAGCCCGGGUAUCUGGAGAACACACCUAAUGCUUACUUCAUAUAUUGGUUACCAGGAAGAAUGGACCAGAUCAUUCUGAAAACCCAGCCAUCUUCAUGUGUAAAUGUUGUAACCUUUUCUCACCAAGUCAAUCGGAACUCCUCUCCCACGUUUCUGAGAAGCACACAGAAGAGGGGGUUAAUGUGGAUGAGAUCAUCAUUCCCCUGAGACCUCUGAGUACCCCUGAACCCGCCAACCCAGGCAAAACCGGAGAUGAGUUUUCGGUCAUGAAGAGGAAGAGAGGCAGGCCAAAGGGGUCCACGAAGAAGGCCAGCCCCGAAGAGGAACUGGCGGAAAACAACGUUAUUCCCAGCGGGGACAGCCCGCGGGCCCCGGAGGGAGGGGACAGCCUGGCUCCCAGCAGCCUGGAGUGCAGCAAGUGCUGCCGGAAGUUCUCCAACCCACGCCAGCUGAGGAAGCAUAUCUGCAUCAUCGUGCUGAACCUGGGCGAGGAGGAGGGAGAGGCAGGUAACGAAUCUGACCUUGAACUGGAGAAGAAGUAUAAGGAAGAUGAUCGAGAAAAGGCCCCGAAGAGACUGCGGACUCAGAGAGUGGAGAAAGUCCAGAAGGUCUGCUCGGGAAAAGAGGCCGCGCAGAUCUCUGGAGCCAAGAAGCCCAUCAUAAGUGUGGUUUUAACGGCUCACGAAGUGAUUCCAGGUGCUACCAAGAUUGUUCCGGUGGAGGCUGGGCCCCCGGAAACAGGAGCUGCAGACCCCGAGGCCGCGGCGGCCGACCUGGCGCCCCGGAGAGGGUACCAGGAGUACGCCAUCCAGCAGACACCCUAUGAGCAGCCCAUGAAGUCGAGCAGGCUCGGGCCCACCCAGCUCAAGAUCUUCACCUGUGAGUACUGCAACAAGGUCUUCAAGUUCAAGCACUCGCUGCAGGCCCACCUGCGGAUCCACACCAACGAGAAGCCGUACAAGUGCUCCCAGUGCAGCUACGCCAGCGCCAUCAAGGCCAACCUCAACGUGCACCUGCGCAAGCACACGGGCGAGAAGUUCGCGUGCGACUGCUGUUCCUUCACCUGCCUGAGCAAGGGCCACCUCAAGGUGCACGUGGAGCGGGUACACAAGAAGAUCAAGCAGCACUGCCGCUUCUGCAAGAAGAAGUACUCCGACGUGAAGAACCUCAUCAAGCACAUCCGCGACGCACACGACCCGCAGGACCACAAGGUCCAGGAGGCCCUGGACGAGCUCUGCCUGAUGACGAGGGAGGGCAAGCGGCAGCUGCUCUAUGACUGCCACAUCUGCGAGCGCAAGUUCAAGAACGAGCUGGACCGCGACCGCCACAUGCUGGUCCACGGCGACAAGUGGCCCUUCGCCUGCGAGCUCUGCGGCCAUGGGGCCACCAAGUACCAGGCGCUGGAGCUGCACGUCAGGAAGCACCCGUUCGUGUACGUCUGCGCCCUCUGCCUCAAGAAGUUCGUCAGCUCCAUCCGCCUGCGCGCCCACAUCAAGGAGGUGCACGGGGCCGCCCAGGAGACCCUGGUCUUCACCAGCUCCAUCAACCAGAGCUUCUGCCUCCUGGGGCCCGGCGGGGACAUCCAGCAGGAGGCCCUGGGCGGGCAGCUGCAGCUGGCGGAAGAGGAGUUUGUGUUCCAGGGGGUGAACGCACCCAAGGAGGCGGCCGGCGCUGGGGACGCUCGUCCCGAGGAGGGGUCCGAGGUGCCCGCCGCGCCCGUGCGCUCGGCCGCCGCCCAGGCCGACAGCGCCGCCCCGGCACCCUGUGAGCCGGCGGCCUCCGCGGUGUCCUCGGACCUUCGUCCGCGCGCGGUGGUUUCCGAUGAGCUCCUGUUGAAGAGCGAUCCCUCCUCUGCCGAGGCUCUGGCUGCUCCGGAGAAGACCUUGCACACCCAGCGGGGAGGCCCCACGCCAGCGCAGGGCCAGGACGUCGCACCACUGCUGUCCAAGGCCAAAGGCGCCGCAGCAAACCCGGAAGCCCAGGGCGCCGAGAGCCCCCCGGCUGAAGGGCAGCAAGAGGCUGCCCUCCCAUCCGACGGCCCAGAUGCCGGCAGGGGUCUCAGGGCAAACCCAGCGGAGGCCUCAGACCCUCCUCCGGGAGCUGGUGGGAGGGACGCGGCCCUGUGCCGGCCUGACUCUCGCACGCCCGCCCCCGAGCUCCGCGCGGGCAUCACUGCGUUCAUGAAGAUCCUGGACAGUUUACAGAAGAGGCGCAUGAAUACCGGCCUGUGCGAGAGGAUCCGGAAGGUGUACGGCGACCUGGAGUGCGAAUACUGUGGCAAACUUUUUUGGUACCAAGUGCAUUUUGACAUGCAUGUCCGCACCCACACCCGGGAACAUCUGUAUUAUUGCUCCCAGUGUCAUUAUUCUUCCAUCACCAAAAACUGCCUUAAACGCCAUGUAAUUCAGAAACACAGUAACAUCUUGCUGAAGUGCCCCACUGACGGCUGUGACUACUCGACUCCAGAUAAAUAUAAGCUGCAGGCACAUCUUAAAGUUCACACAGAGCUGGACAAAAGGAGUUAUUCUUGUCCUGUGUGUGAAAAGUCUUUUUCAGAAGAUCGAUUGAUAAAGUCACAUAUCAAGACCAACCAUCCCGAGGUUUCCAUGAGCACCAUUUCCGAGGUUCUCGGGAGGAGGGUGCAGCUGAAAGGGCUCAUCGGAAAGAGAGCCAUGAAAUGCCCGUAUUGUGAUUUCUAUUUCAUGAAGAAUGGCUCAGACCUUCAGCGUCAUAUUUGGGCUCAUGAAGGUGUGAAGCCCUUCAAAUGUUCUUUGUGUGAGUAUGCAACUCGUAGCAAGAGUAACCUCAAGGCUCAUAUGAAUCGUCAUAGCACUGAGAAGACCCACCUAUGUGACAUGUGUGGCAAGAAAUUCAAAUCAAAAGGGACACUGAAAAGCCACAAGCUCCUUCACACUGCUGACGGGAAGCAGUUCAAGUGCACGGUGUGCGACUACACAGCAGCCCAGAAGCCACAGCUGCUGCGGCACAUGGAGCAACACGCCUCCUUCAAGCCUUUCCGCUGCGCCCACUGCCACUACUCGUGCAACAUCUCGGGCUCCCUGAAGCGGCACUACAACAGGAAACACCCCAACGAGGAGUACACCAACGUGGGCACCGGGGAGCUGGCGGCCGACGCGCUCAUCCAGCAAGGUUGUUUGAAGUGUCCUGUGUGCAGCUUCGUUUAUGGUACCAAAUGGGAGUUCAACAGGCACUUGAAGAACAAGCACGGCCUGAAGUUGGUGGAGAACGAAGGAGAUCCCAAGUGGGAGCCAGCAACAGAAACUCCGGAGGAGCCCUCCACCCAGUACCUGCACAUCACCGAAGCCGAAGAGGAUGUCCAGGGCACACAGGCAGCAGUGGCUGCCCUCCAGGACCUGAGAUACACCUCAGAGAGCGGUGACCGACUUGACCCCACGGCUGUAAACAUCCUCCAGCAGAUCAUCGAGCUGGGCACCGAGACCCACGACGCCACUGCCGUUGCCUCGGUGGUCGCCAUGGCGCCCGGGACGGUGACAGUCGUGAAGCAGGUCACGGACGAGGAGCCCAGUUCCAACCGCACGGUCAUGAUCCAGGAGACCCUCCAGCAGGCCGCCGUGGAGCUGGCCGAGCAGCAUCACUUGGUGGUGUCCUCCGACGACGUGGAGGGCAUUGAGACGGUGACCGUCUACACGCAGGGCGGGGAGGCCUCCGAGUUCAUCGUCUACGUGCAGGAGGCCAUGCAGCCCGUGGAGGAGCAGGCCGUGGGGCAGCCGGCCCCGGAGCUCUAGGGGGCACGCGUCGUGGGACAGCACCACGGGGCAGGGCUGCCGGCCUCUGCGGAGCCGCCGGGACACCCAGGGCGGGGCGGCCCCAGGGCAGUGCUCUCCGCAGCGCCCUCCUCUGCGCUGUCUGCCCCGGCGGCCGCGUGGGGCUCUCCUGGCCCCGCUUUGGGUGGGCGAGGGGUCAGCGUCACCAGCGACACAGGGUGCUGCCCCCGGCACAGGCACACACACCUUCCCCCGCGUCGUCUGCUUCCAGAAGGACCUGUGCCUCAACUCCCCAGACACGGCCCAUACCGCAUAGCCCCUUUGCUUCAAGCGUCGAACAGAGACCCCCAGUCCUCAUCAGCGUCUUCCCUGAAUCACAGCCCAAAUCCUUGACCCCCGUCUAGGUGCCGGCUCUUUACCUGGGACUGCUCUGCAGCCUGGUAACCAGGAGACAGCUGUCAGAGAAAGUGACCUUACGGUUUUUGAAUCACCUGUGAGAGAAGAGCGGGGAGGGGUUAUCUACACAGUUCUACCCUCCUCAAGCAUCAAGGGCACUUAUUAUCAUGUGAAGUAACUAUGGUUUGAUGGCCCUCCCGCUCCCAUCACAGGUGGUGGUCUCAGCUUACUAUCUUGGAAUUCUUUUGCUUUUAAAAUAAAUGCACUUUCUCCUAUUCACCUCCUACUCUGAGGAGGUGGGGUGGAUAGAAUAAAAGCAUUCUCUGCCUGA